AUGCAAACCGCACGUCCUUUGUGUGGUGAAGGCUUUCAUUCCACCAAUGAAUUUGCUCAUCCAAAGUUGCAUCUUGAUCCGACGGCACAAGAUACCACAUCAUCAGAAAAUAACAUGUACUUUUUUGAUUCGUAUACGAAUGAAAGGAAUCGGAAUGCGGAACAGCAAACUAGUCCGAUGAUGCAUGAAUAUUCAUUUAAAAUGGAUGAUCGAAAUGAUAAUUGUUCAUCAUCAUUAAUUUCGGCAGAUCAUUUGAGAUUGUUGUUAUUUAGACAUCAAAAUUUGAGGGCCUUCAAUUCGAGUUUAAAUAUGAAUAAUAAUAGUAAUAAUAAUAAUUCUAAUGAGGAACAGAGAUGGGAUUCAAAAGCCGAUGCAUCCAAAUGUUCGAAUCACCUUGAUCAUCCAUCUCCUCUCAUUACAGGCAGUGCCGAUCACAUAAAUACAACAACUAUGAAACCUGUACAAUCAAAACUUUUGAAUGCAAAUAAUCAAGAAAAACCAAAUAUGACCCAAAAAGGACUCUCGUGCUUGGAACCAAAAUGGUUGAAGCAAAAAUUUGAAUGUGACAUGGCCCGUUCUUCACCUACUCUGAAAACUCCAUCAAAUGAAGAUCUUGAUCAUCAACAACAAUCACUAACAGCCCAACCUGUACACCUCACUAACGUCAACCAACCUAAUACUAUUUCGUCCGAAAAGAAACCAUCUGCAAAAUCAACACAAACUGCAAUUUCCAAAUCAAAGAAAAAAUCUAAAAAGAGAACCAUUAAUACCAACCCAAAGAGCCGUCAACAUGCAACCAUAGAAAAUUCACAAAAAUUGAAAUCCUUCAAUGCGGUCAUGAUCGAUUUAUUUAAGGACUAUACUGAACAAUCACCACAUGAUUUAUCGCUCACCACAACACACGACAACAGUAGCAACACACUCUACUCAAAAAUUAGCAAAACUCUAAAAAGAUUUAAUUUCUGGUGGAACAAGUGGAAGAAGGAAUUCACUGCAGCAACCAUUCAUCAAUUUCUGAGAUCGUACGAUCCUCUCAUGAGAACCUUUGAAUGUCUUCUUCUCUUCUUUGAUGCCUUUCACUUUCCAAUGUCUGUUCGUCUCUUCACACAUCGAGUUCGACACUUUUUCAAUCUCAUUUUCCAAUUCUUAUACGCCUCUCUCUUCCUCUUAGAAGAAAAUUCAGAAGCAGAACGAGAAUUAUUGAUUCACAGUAACAAUAAUUAUUACAACGACUCACAAAUCUACCAAACCGAUCCAUACUAUUACUAUGACGAUGUCAAUUAUUAUUAUCAUCAAAAUCCCACAGGAGAUCCCUUCACAUAA